AUGAAAGUGGAACCGUUAAUGAAGAGUAAAGACGAUGAAAUUCUUAAAAUGGAAAUUUUCGUGCUGAAGAAAAUUCAAAAUUUCCCGUCAUGUUUGCCGAUGUUUAGCUUCGGGAAAAACCGAUUCUUAUACAUAUGUAGUGAUGAGUUUACUAGGAAAAGAGUUAUCCGAGAUCAGACGUCGCUUACCUAA